AUGAAAAGAGAUAUUAACACGCCUAUUGAUAAAAUGAAAUUUUACUAGCCUUUAGAUAAAGAAGGCUAGCCUGUUGUAAUGUAUGACGAUGGUACUAUAAAAAAAUUAGGACAAAAAAGAACUUAUGAAGGUUAACCUGAAUAGUAUAUCGUUAAAACAAAAAAGAACGAUGUUUACUUAGUUGAAAAAUCAAAGAAAGUUAGAAAAGCUAGAAAAAGAAAAUAAUUUUAAGAAGGAGAAGAUGCUAAGAAACCUUUAACAGAAAAAGAAGUGGAAAAGAGAUGGACUGAAUUCUCUAAAGAAAAUAAAAUGAGACAAUAACAUAAAGAAGAUGAUUUGAUUGAUGAUCAAUGGAGAAGAAUAUAUUCUGUAGAUUAAGUUCCAAAAAGCUUUUAUAUGAAAACUAAAUUUGAUAAAGAUUUGAAUAGAGAUUUUAUUCCAUAUAAUGUACCUCAUUCCCCAUAUCAUCUGUUCAGAAUGUUUUUUGACGAUAGAAUAUAUAAAUUGAUUAUUGAAGAAACUAACCGAUAUAAACAUCAGAAAUAUUAAGAGGCCUUACUAAAUCUACCUCCUGAUAAAACUCUUCCCAAAGAGGCUAUGGACAUAGAUUCUAUAGAUUUAGAUGCAUAUCUUUCAAUUUUGAUAUUUAUGGGUGUGUAAAGAAUGAAAAGUGUUAAAGACUAUUGGAAGAGGAAAAAUUAUAUUAAUAGUGAAAUAGCGUGCAUAAUGAAGUAUUCUAGAUUUGAAUAAAUAGACAAACAUUUACAUUUAGCAGAUAAUGAAGACCCUAAAAUCAGAAGUGAUCCUAUUGGAAAAGUUAGAUAAUAUAUGGAUUAUUUAAAUGAAAAUUUUAAGAAAUACUAUUACCCAGGAGAGUUCCUAGCUAUUGAUGAAGGUAUGAUACCUUUUAAUGGCAAAGUCGCUUUCAAGGUCUAUAAUCCUGAUAAACCCGAUAAGUUUGGUAUCAAAGAAUAUGUUUGUUGUGAUUCUUAAAACGCUUACACUUUAGAAUCUUAGCUCUAUUAUGGUAACCAUGAAAAUGAAGAAUUCCCAGAAAUUACUCUUUCCAAAACUAAUGAAGUUGUAAUGAAUUUACUAAAAGACUAUGAAGGCAGAUUUCAUAAAGUAGUAAUGGAUAAUUAUUAUAACAGUCCAACUUUGUUUUAUCUGAUGAAAUAAAAAUCUUUUGGUGCUCUAGGUACCAUGAGAAUCGGGCGUCUAAAAUUACCUCCUUAUUUACUCUCUUAAAUUAUGGAAGUCCAUCAAAAUAAGGUUUUAUCUUACAUUUAAGGUGAUAUCAAUCUGGCUAUUUUCUUCAGAGGAACAAACGAUAAAGAAAUUUGCCUAAUGUCAAAUUUCAUAGAUUAAAAAAAGGUUAAAGAUGAUUUUUGGAGAGUUCUUGCGUACGUUAAAGAAGACAGAGAUAUUUUCAAAGAGUAAAAUUUAUAGAGCGCUUAUUAUAACAAAUACAAAGGAGGUGUUGAUAGAAGAAACAGUUAUCUCGCAGCAUAUAGAAAUUGUAGGAAGAAUAUUAAAUGGUAUAGGCCCGUCUUUUAUAGAAUGUUAGAUAAUGCGAUAGUUAAUGCAUUUAUCCUUUAUAAUUUUAAUUUAAGUCCUAAAUAUAAAAUUUCACAAAAAGAAUUUAGAAUAUAGCUAUUUAAGGAACUUGCUUGCAGAUAUUCUCCAUCUAAAAGCCAACACGCAAUCAAAGUCCAAUAAUUUAUGAAAGAUAAAUCUGCUGAAGUGGAUAAAAUACCACAAUAUUUUGAAAAAGCUAUGAAACUUCAUAUUAUGAAAAAUUGUGAUUACUCAGCUCAUAUUCUUGUUAGAUCCCGUACUAAAAAAAAAUCUUGCAUUGAAUGCAAAUAAUUAACUUUAUUUUCUUGCAGUACAUGCUCAAAUAUGUUUAAGAUGAGAAUACCUCUUUGUUAAUCAGGUUUCAACUAAUGCUAUGAUUUCCAUGCAAGUAAAACAUAUGAAGAGGUUGUUGAAGAUAUGUUUACUAAGAGAAGAAAAGAUGGAAGAAAAUUAGAUAUCGAAAUUAAAAAGAAAAAGAAAAAAUUAGUUAAGCUCUCAGAUGUUUAUGAUUCAAUAUUAAAGCCAAAAUAAAGCAAUUAAAAUCCAAUACAAGUAAAAACUAAACAAAUCCUAUAAAAAUCUGUUACUAUUGAUCACUACACAAGCAAUAAAGCAUUUUUAGAAGAUGAUAUGUAUUCAGAAAACUAACCUAAUUCAACUGAAUUAAAUGAUCAGUCUACUCGUAUGAAGACAAACUAAAUCAUGAGCUCUUCUAAUUCAAAUUCAAUAUAAGGAAGUAAAAAAAAAAAGUUCAAGGUCAUUAAAAAGGAAAAAAAUUUAAAAACUCAAAAGACAAAAUCUUGUGAUGCAAUAUUUAGCAGUGAGAAGAUAAAAAAGAAAUAUACUGAUGAAAUAAAUGAAUUUUUUGAUUCAAAAGCUUCCAUUAGGUUAACUAAUUUCUUUUAAGAGAGCUAACGUCUUUAAAAUUUACUGAAAGAAUCAUAAGAAAAUCUUUCUAAAAAAUUUGUUGUUUUAGAUUAGACCAGUGAUGAAGACUUUAAAAAUAAUAACACAGACGAAGAUCUCUAAUGGAUAAAUACAACUUUAGAGAAAAUAAAUUAAAAAAAAAUAGAACCUAACGAAAAAUUAUCUCCUGGCCUUGGUAUAAUAAACAAAAAAUAAGAGGCAGAAGAAGUAAUAGAAGUAUUAUCAAGCAGCUCUACUCUAAACGAAGAAAAAGUAAGAACUAAAUAUUAAGAAAUUCCUUUUACUUUUGGAAGCAUUCUUGAAGUAGAACAAGAAAAAGAAGAAUCAGAUGAUGAAGUUGCGAAGGAAUACAAAAAAGUUUCUAAAAGAAUAGAAGAAUUUAAUGAAGAUUCCAUUCAUUCAAAAUAACAACUAGAGGACAGCAAUUUUUUUCCAUAAAAAGCUGGAGUGAUUUUUUACUCGAUGAGUGAAUUAGAUAAAAAAAAAGAAUAAGUAAUAAGUGACUAAAAUAAAGAAUAGAAUUAAAUUAUAGUUAAGUAAGAACAUAGAUCUGACUAGAAAAAAAAGAAUAGCUAUCCUCUAUAACUUUAUGACUGUGAAAAUGUCCUGAACAAUGCCAUAGAUUUUUCUGAUUACUCAUUUUCAUCUUCUGAUGAAGAACAAUUUGUUUAUAAUAAAAAUAAGAACAAAUAACAAGAAUUAAAUCACGAAUCAGAUACAAAUAAUCCCUAACUAUAAUACAAAGGCAAAAUAAAAAAUAAUAAAUUUAAAAUUGAUGAGAGCUUUGAUGAAAGCAAUCUUAAAAUAGAAAGGCCUUUUGAUUUAAUUCCAUUUACCUUUUAAAAUGAUGCAAUGUAAACUAGUUAAAAUUUUGUAGUCAUUGAUGAUGACAGUGAUGUAGAAUUUUAAAAUAUAAAUUCUUAGAUAAUAAAUUAAUCAAGCAUAAUUUCAGAAAGUUAAAAAUUGGAAUUUGAAGGAUUUAUUGAUAAUCCAUAACCAACUAAAAAAAGGAUAAUCUCUUGCCAAGACAUGAAAAGAAAAAUUAUUAUUAAAAAAAAUAAAGAGCCAAAAAAUGAUAAUUAGAAUAUCAUUUACAUUAACCAUUAACGUUUUAAAAUAGUGAAGCUAAAAACUACUAUAUAAAUUGACUCAGACUGA